AUGGCAGCCGAAACCUUGCAGACGGAGAUCGCGGCGCAGUACCACAGUGAAAAGCCUAUUCCGGAGCGCGAAGCACUGGCACAGCAAAUUGCAACGCCUGUUCACAACAUUGGAUAUUUCCAGUUGUUCCGAUAUGCCACCAAAAAGGAUGUCGCCAUCAUUGCCUUGUCAUUCCUGUGCGCUGCUGCCGCCGGCGCAAUCAUAACGUUACCUGCUGUGGUGAUAGGCUUGUUAGUUGGCAGCAUACAACGCAUCUGGAUCGGAGCCUCAGGGACAGAGCAAGUCAGCAGCGAGUUAACGCGCUACACCAUCUAUUUCGUUUACCUCUUCGUUGGCGAGCUCGUGACCUGCUACAUCGCCGCAAUUGGAUUCAUCCGCACGGGCAUUGUACUAUCGAGCCGGAUCAGGGAACAGUAUCUCGCGGCCCUUCUGCGCCAGAACAUUGCAUUCUUCGAUAGUGUUGGCGCUGGAGAGAUCGCAACCCAUAUGACCGCCGACGCCAAUCUGAUUCGGGAUGGCAUCUCGGAGAAAGUCAGCGUUGCCGUCCAAUGUACCUCUUCCGUUGUUGCGGCCUUUGUAAUCGGCUUCAUCCAUGACUGGCGGUUGACUCUCAUCAUGUCCUCUGGCCCUGUAUGCAUUGCGCUCGUUCUUGCCUUUGGAGGUGCGAUGGUGACAAAAUAUCGCCAGCAAUGGUUAGGAGAAAUUGCAGAAGCAGGCACCAUCACAGAAGAGGCCUUUUCAUCCAUCAGAACUCUCGUCGGGCUUAACGCGCAAACCGAGUUGGCCGCCCGUUAUGAUGAAAUGCUGGUCAAAUCUGAACGCUGGGCGAACAAAGCUAGGGCGGCCGGCGGUGCGCUGCUCGGCGUUGUCUAUGCUGUCGUGUAUCUGUCCAUCGGAUUAGGCUUCUGGAUGGGUUCCCGCUUUCUGGUUGCAGGCACCAUAUCUUACGUCGAUAUCUUGACCAUCGUCCUCGCAAUCGUGACAGGGAUAUCAUCUCUCAGCAGCAUCAUCCCACCACUCCAGGCUUUUGCAGUUGCCACGGCUGCUGGAUCGAGACUUUACAGUACCAUCGAACGCAGGGCUCCAGAAUCCCCAGGCCAUUCGCGGGAGAAAAGCCUAGACAGCGUGGCCGGGCGGAUUGAAUUGAGAAAUGUCCGCCACAUCUAUCCUUCCAGGCCAGAAAUCACCGUGCUAGACGAGCUAGAUCUGGUCAUCGAAGCUGGGAAGACGACAGCAAUUGUUGGGCCAUCGGGAUCUGGCAAGAGCACCGUUAUUGAGCUUAUCGAGCGCUUUUAUGAUCCUCUAUCCGGGGAUAUUUUGCUAGACGGCCACAGACUUUGGGACUUAGAGUUGCACUGGCUACGGCAACAUAUUUCUUUGGUCCAGCAAUCGCCCACCUUAUUUGCCACGACCAUCUUCGAGAACAUAAAGAAUGGAUUAGUGGACACUCAAUACGAAAAUCUCUCCGACGAAGAUGUUCAGACCCUCGUUUACAAUGCUGCUGAAACUGCGAAUGCCCACAAGUUCAUCACCGAGCUCCCUGAUGGCUAUGGGACUCUUGUUGGCGAGGCCGGUGUCUUGCUAUCUGGCGGUCAAAAACAGCGCAUCGCCAUUGCUCGCGCCCUAGUCCGCAAUCCUAAGAUUCUAUUGCUUGACGAAGCCACUUCUGCUUUAGAUUCGGAGAGUGAGGCUCAUGUCCAGGCUGCUAUCGAAAAAGCGUCUCAGGGACGAACGACUGUCAUUGUUGCGCAUCGCCUGUCCACAAUUAAGGCUGCCGAUAAAAUUGUCGUGAUGGUAAAUGGCCGAAUCGUUGAGCAGGGAACCCACAACACACUUUUGCAAGCAGAAGGAACCUACAGCAACCUUGCUACAACCCAGGCGAUCAAUCUGAGUGAAGGAAACAUCCCUGAAAGAGAUACUUCGUCCGAUUCAGCUGGUUGUCGACCCGAUUCCCCCUCUGAGGUCAUCAAGAAGCCUAGCCAUACCAUUCCAAGAAGCCAUUUGUCUCAAAGCUUCCAUGCAGAUGCGGUUGCCCUUGAAAAGCUAGACCAGCCCAGCCAAAUAUAUCCUCUUAGGACGCUCCUCAAGUUCAUAAUGGGCUUCCACCGGAACUCAUUAUCAUUGAUGAUUCAGGGUUUCUUUUGGUCUAUCCAAGCAGGUGCAGGUGCGCCCAUUCAGGCAGUAUUCUUGGCCAAAUGCCUCUUUGCGCUCGCAAAACCCCUAGGCGAAUACACGCAGCUCCGAUCUGAGUCUAAUCUAUGGGCCGGAAUGCAUGCAGUUCUAGGCCUCGUACAGCUAUUUGCCUACACCGCCCAAGGUGCUACCGUGGGCAUCUGUACGGAGAGGCUAAUCCACCAUGUCAGCGACUUGACCUUUCGCGCUCUCCUCCACAAAGAUAUGGCAUUUUUUGACAUGGAGGAGCAUGGAGUUGGCGCGUUGGUUUCGUUCCUCUCCACUGAACCAUCGAGCAUGGCAGGCAUGGGUUGCACUGCUUUUGGCUUAUUCACCAUGGCAUUCACCACUCUCAUCGGUGCCCUCGCAACUAGUAUUGCCGUUGGGUGGAAGCUCGGGCUUGUGGGUGCCGCCACUGUGCCCGUUCUUCUGAUCUGUGGUUUCCUUCGAUUUCGGGUCAUGUAUGAACUCGAUGCGCAUUUACGGAAAGCAUACCAGGAGACUGCAUCCCUGGCCAGCGAAGCAGUAUCGGCCAUUCGCACAGUUAUGUCUUUGAAUCGUGAGUCUAGGAUCACAGCACGAUUCCAUGAGCAACUCGUCCAGCAAGACUCGCAGAGCAUACGAUCGAGCUUGAUCUCCUCAACUCUGUUCGCAUUUUCGCAGUCCGCAUCCAUGCUGUGUACUGCCCUUGGUCUAUGGUAUGGCGGCACGCUCGUCAUCAAGGGCGAAUACACUCUGUUUCAGUUUAUUCUAAGUCAUGCUGCUGUAAACAUAUGCGGCGACGCUGCUGGAAUGAUCUUUAGCAGUUCACCAGAUCUGGCCAAGGCUAAGAAUUCCGCUGCUCGCCUCAAAAGCCUGUUCGAUGGUGCGCGCCAGAGGAUCCCAAGUUUUGUUGAAACCCAUCCAGUCUUAGAAGACAAAAUCCAAUUCCAGGAUGUCAGGUUCACAUAUCCCACUCGUCUCGAGCAGCGUAUUCUGAACGGCCUUAAUCUCACUGUCCAUAAAGGUAAAUAUAUUGCUCUAGUCGGAGCUAGUGGUAGCGGCAAGAGCACUGUUGUUUCCCUGCUUGAACGUUUCUAUCACCCAAUUGCGGGUAGCAUUACCAUGGAUGGCGAAAGCGUCUUCUCCAUGGACUUGCGUGCAUACCGUAACCAAGUAGCACUUGUCAACCAGGAACCUGCUCUUUUCCAAGGCACUAUUCGCAAGAACCUCACACUCGGACUCGAUGCAUCCCAGUAUUCGCAACAAGACCUAGAGAAAGUCUGCAAAGACGCACAUAUCCUCGACUUUAUUGUCUCCCUUCCCUCUGGAUUCGACACAAUGUGCGGUGUCAAGGGCAACAAUUUCUCCGGAGGACAGAAGCAGCGACUUGCUAUUGCCCGAGCGAUCCUCAGGCGCCCGAAGGUCUUGUUACUGGACGAGGUAACGUCGGCAUUGGACUCCGAAUCCCAGCGUGUGGUGCAAGCUGCUCUUGACGCGGCGGCAAAGGGUCGUACGACAAUCUCAAUUGCUCAUCGCCUGAGUGCUAUACAGAACGCGGAUAUCAUCUUUUACUUGGAGAAUGGCGUAGUUAUUGAGUCGGGCACCCAUGCGGAAUUGAUUCGCAGGCGCGGGAAGUAUUUUGCUAUGUCUAGCUUACAGAAUCUGGAGAGAUAG